AAGUACUCCCAAAGAGAGAUUUGGAUUUUCACUUGAUACGUGUGGAAAAUGUUAAAAACAAUCUUUUGAGGUGUAUGGGUGGAUUUUGGGGGUGGCUGUUCUUUUCAUUUUGGUCAGUGUUAGCAGCUGCCAUGGCCCAGUCCAAAGCGAAUGGGUCUCACUAUGCCCUGUCUGCGAUCGGGUUGGGGAUGCUUGUCCUUGGGAUCAUAAUAGCAGUGUGGAACCUGGUGCCGGGAUUCAGUCACGCUGACAAACCAUCAUCCCAAGGAAACAGCAGCAAACCAGAACACAGUGGAGCAUUCAAGAACAAGACCUUUUCUGUGGCAUAUGUGUUGGUCGGUGCUGGGAUUAUGCUGCUGCUUCUUUCUAUUUGCUUGAGUAUCCGGGACAAAAGGAAACAGAGGCAAGGGGAAGAGGUAGCGAGAAUCCCGCAUGAAGCAGCUAUUGGCCCAGAGACUCAGGAAGAAGACAGCCAAGAAGAGGAGUCUCCUUCCAGAUACUAUGUUCCCAGUUACGAAGAGGUGAUGAACACUAACUACUCCGAAGUGAGAGAACUGGACCAAAAUCCACGGAUGAGCGUGUCUCUCCCGUCCUACGAGUCCCUGACCGGGCUCGAUGAAACCACUCCCACGACCACUAGAGCAGACGUGGAAACCAAUAGGGAGCUGCCGCCAGACAGACAAAACUCCAGGCUGGGCAAACGGUUGAAGCCCCUGAAAGUGCGAAGGAUUAAAUCUGAAAAGCUGCACCUAAAGGACUUCAGAAUUAACCUCCCAGAACAGAACAGUGCCCCUCCCACGAUAGAACCUUUAACUCCUCCUCCGCAGUAUGACGAGGUCCAAGAAAAAGCACCAGACACCAGGCAGUCAAAUUAAGUCACCGACACUCUGGACAAAAAAGGUUCUCUUGCUAACUUUGGGGGAAUAAACGGAGUCAAAGCUCACCUGCUUCAGUCAAGUAUAAAGAAUUGGUGGACCAGCUCAUGCUUGUGUGAGGGACAAUUUGACAUUCCACCAACACUUAUGUAGCAGUUAUGUUUGAAGCAGAUAUACUUCUAGGAGUCUCCAUUUAUUUUUAAAAUUAAGGAGCACGCUGUUUGCAUCUUCUGUAGUGUCUCUUUUCAACUCUGAAUUGUUUAGCCAGAAUCACUCCUCUUUCCAAAUAGGAAAGGCUAAGUAACAUUGUUUAGAUUAUUUUCCACCCCGGUGUAAACUUGAAGGAAAAAAAGAAGCACAACUUGCCUACUUCAUUGGUGUUUUAAAACAUACAAAGGAAGCAGGGCUCUGGAACAUGCAGGUUUGUGUUCUGAGAAAUAAUUAAGUAAAAUGAUCAGAUUAGAUUAUUAGAUUUUGGUGUGAUCAAUAGUAGCCCAUGUAGCCUGUGAGGCUCUCAAUUCUUUGAGGGCCAGGGGUCUGGGAUGUUUCAUACGAUAGGCAAAUCUGUCAGUCUUAAUUUGUAUCCUUAACUGGUCUCUCCUGCACUACUGCAAAAGUGUGUAUAAGAUGCUCUAUUUUUACGUUACUUCUGAAAUACUAUACAACUGAGCAUUUUUAUAA